UAACUAUACCAUUUUAGGGAAAAGUGAAAGUGGGUAACACGUGAGGGGCAGCACUCAGAUAGCCAAAAGCACUGCCUUAUCUGCCUUGAAAAGCUACAUCCAGAGACAGGAACAUAUCACAGGAACACCUCAUUUUAGUACGUGGGCACUCCCCCCUCUACACAGACUUGUGCAGCUAUUCAAUCAUAGUCAUCCUCUCCGUGCAUUCGUGGAUAUUUCUGAUAUGGUUGAUAUCGACGAGAAGAAUCUCCUCGGCUGUACUGCUUUACAUAUCGCCGCGGAAAGGAACCCGGGUGGCAGCAUCCGAUUUCUGGUAUCGAAAAACACAAAAGUCGAUGCUCGUGACAUGUUUGGACACACCCCAGUUCACACGGCCGUACUGAAUGGCCGCUCUGCACUUUCCUAUGCCGCAGGAAGGAGACACGAGGAGAUUGUACAGAUGCUGGAUGACAAGGCUAAUUUUGACCCAAAUGCAAAAGAUCGGAAUAGAGAUCCCAAUUUUCUUGAUAGAGGUGGCACAACACCCAUAGACCGUGCCGGCAAGAAUUGGCAUGAGUCGAGAGUACAGCUCCUAGAUGGCAGAAUGGCCCCGGUCAUAUUUCACGACGAUUCAUAGGUCCCUUAUUUAUGCUGUCUUCUCUUAUGUGUUGUUUGUUGUCGUGCCGUAGACCUGUCGUAAUGUGGAUGAAGCAACCUUCUGACUCCAUGGAAAAGAUGUCUAUAUAUUGCUUUGAACAUCAUCCUUUCCCUCUGAUACCCAGGCAGUUUUUUCCAUCACUUUCUUCCCUCCAAACCAUGCCUGUUUGAUAAUACCGCCACACUUGAUAGCAAUCUCAGAGAAGAUAAUUCG